CUUUGUAGUUUUCCCCCUCACUCACUUCCACUCCAAUUUCACUUCAUUCCAUUCCCAAAUUUCCAUCACUAUCACUCAAUCAACAUACGCACUUCUCUCUCUCUCAGGUUAGGGUUAGGGUUUCCUCCGAUCAUGGCUUCGUCUUCCUCCGAUCCCGGAAAGUCCGCGGAGACGUCGGAACCGGCGGUGGCAACUGAUCAGCUCUUGCUCUACCGAGGAUUGAAGAAAGCGAAGAAGGAAAGAGGUUGCACUGCCAAAGAGCGCAUCAGCAAAAUGCCUCCCUGCGCCGCUGGAAAACGGAGCUCAAUAUACCGCGGCGUCACCAGGCAUAGGUGGACUGGUCGUUAUGAAGCGCAUCUUUGGGAUAAGAGUACGUGGAAUCAGAAUCAGAAUAAGAAGGGAAAACAAGUUUACUUGGGGGCAUAUGAUGACGAGGAAGCAGCUGCUAGAGCUUAUGAUCUUGCUGCUCUCAAAUACUGGGGUCCAGGGACUCUCAUUAACUUUCCAGUGACUGAUUAUACAAGAGAUCUUGAAGAAAUGCAGAAUGUGUCGAGAGAAGAGUACCUUGCAUCUUUACGGCGGAAGAGCAGUGGUUUUUCUAGAGGACUAUCAAAAUAUCGUGGACUCUCCAGUCGAUGGGAGUCGUCAUAUGGCCGCAUGUCUGGAUCUGAUUACUUCAAUAGCAUGCAUUAUGGUGCAGGGGAUGAUUCAGCAGCAGAAAGUGAAUAUGUAAGUGGUUUCUGCAUAGAAAGAAAGAUUGAUUUAACAAGUCACAUCAAAUGGUGGGGAUCUAAUAAGACUCGACAUUCUGACUCUGGGACAAGAUUAUCGGAAGAAAAAAAGCUUGGUUCUGCUGGAGAUAUUUGCAGUGAACUAAAGCAAUUGGAACAGAAAGUUCAACCUACAGAACCUUAUCAGAUGCCACAGUUAGGCAGGCUACACAAUGAGAAAAAGCAAAGAAGUUCUUCAGUCUCUGCCUUAAGGAUCCUUUCGCAAUCUGCUGCUUACAAGAGCUUGCAAGAGAAAGCUUCAAAGAAACAGGAAAAUAGUAUUGAUAACGAUGAGAAUGAAAACAAAAAUACAAUCAACAAAUUGGAUCAUGGAAAGGCAGUUGAGAAACCAUCAAAUCAUGAUGGAGGCAGUGAUCGGCUUGACAUUGCAAUGGGAAUGAGUGGGACAAUGCCUCUUCAAAGAAAUGUCUACCCGUUGACGCCAUUCUUGUCAGCACCACUUUUGACAGCUUACAAUACUGUUGAUCCAAUGGCAGAUCCUGCUCUCUGGACAUCUCUUGUUCCCGUACUUCCUGCUGGCCUUUCUCGUACAGAUGAGGUUACCAAGACAGAAACCAGUUCAACGUACACAAUGUUUCAGCCAGAGGAAUGAUUGGACAUUUGAAUUUCUAAUUGAAAAAUGGCUCAAAGACAAGCACCUGAAACCUGAGCCCUGUAUCAAACAAAGAACAGUGUCUGAAGUGCUCAAGCAGGUCUACCAAGAGAAUGCUCCCAUGGCUUUUUUUGCAAGAUUACAUGGGUUUUUAGAGGUCAGAGAAAAUAAUAUAUUUACGGUGGUUUUUCAUCGAUGAUACAAUAUAGAAUUAGCACGAAUAUUUUCAUUUCUAGUCAGAUAUGUAUCAGUUAACAUCUCCUUAAUGUAUAUGCAUUCAGAGUUAGAUAAAGUUUGAUUUUAUGCGGAAUAUUAUGUACAUAAUAAGAGUAGAAUUAUGCAAGAACGUGUUCAUUAA